CGGAUGUAUCGAUCUCUGCUUUCUCGGGCCUGGUAAUGUUCGUCCAUACAUGUACACGAUACAGUGCAUGAUGGUACACAGGUCAUAUAGAGCGUGACGAUGCUGGAAUUCCGAACGGCGGGCUUCAACCCGUACAGCGUCAAAUACUCGCCUUUCUUCGACUCGCGCCUCGCCGUGUCCGCCGGUGCCAACUUCGGCCUCGUGGGCAACGGACGCCUCUACAUUCUACAGCUGGGCGCCGCGGGCAUUGCGUGCGAGAAGUACUUCGAGACGCAGGACUGUCUCUUUGACCUCGCGUGGUCGGAGCAGCAUGAGAACCAGGUGCUCACCGCCGGCGGCGAUGGCAGCAUCAAGCUCUUUGAUAUCGGCGUGGGCGAGUUCCCCGUGGCAGCAUGGCAAGAGCAUGGGCGGGAAGUGUUUGCGGUGCACUGGAACCUGAUCGAGAAGUCGACUUUCCUGAGCUCGAGCUGGGACGGCACCGUCAAGAUAUGGACACCCGAGCGGAAGGAGAGCAUCACCACCCUCCCCGUGCACAGCUGUGUCUACUCGGCCCAGUACAGCCCGCACCACCCCCAAAUCGUUACGUGUGUGAGUCGGGAUAGCCACUUGCGCGUCUACGAUCUGAGGCAGAAGCCUUCGGCCCAGAAUCAUUUGACCCUGGCCAUACCCAUUCACGCUCCGCCCAAACUGCCUCCUCCCGGCUACAUGCAGAGGAGUCCCGGGCCAACCGAGUCGUUGACACACGACUGGAACAAAUACCGAGACUCGGUGCUGGCUGCUGCCGGUGUGGAUGGCGUGAUCAGGACAUUUGAUUUAAGAACGCCCUCGGGCCCCGUCAAUAUGCUGACGGGCCACGAUUAUGCGGUGCGCAAGUUGAGCUGGAGUCCACAUCUCAGUGAUGUGCUGCUGAGUGCCAGCUACGACAUGACGUGCAGAGUCUGGACCGACGGGAGCAAUGUUGACCAGGCUGCUCAUGGGGCGGGCAUUGGACGAGAAUUGGGUCGCAUGGACCGUCACACCGAGUUUGCCAUGGGCGUCGACUGGUGUCUGUUUGGUGCCGAAGGCUGGUGCACCACCUGUGCAUGGGACGAACGAGUGCUAGUGUGGGACGUGAGAGAGUACAUGAGGCCGGGGAUAUGAUCGUCAUUCCUCGCACUGAUCAGCUGGCCGGCAUACUGGACACGAUGAUCCACGUGAAACGAAGGAAGCGGGACUGCUCGGCACUUUCGAAGAAGAAAGACAUUACUGGGGAAAGGGGCGGGAAGCCACCAUAUCGAGAAAACUGCCAUCAUCGAUAUCUCUCGCUCUGCAGCUCACGGUCGCUCUGAACAUACGGAAGCACCAACACCAGCUCCACCGCACAAUAUGAGAAGUCCACGCCCUAAGGUAACUGCUUUCCGCGCCGCUCUCGUUUGUUGUCUCCAAACGCGCGCUGGAGAAAGUGUUGCAUCGACUGUGGAGUAGGAGGUCUCUUUUGUCCUCGCUGGUUAGAUGACUUUCGCCUACCCCGAAAACGUUAGUCCUCGAAAGAGUGAAUGAAACGACUUCGGACAUGGAAAGAAAGGAUGGACAUACUUCUGUGUGCAGCACAUUAGCGUGAUGAAUCCAGCUAUCACCGCCGAAGCAAUGCCAAUUGACAAUCCAAUCAUGAGUUUGUCCUGAGAACCGAGCCCAUCGUUGCCAGACUUGCCAUCUGCCACGACCGAAGUCUCCGUGUUGACAAUGUUCGAAACACGAAUCUCAACACUGCUCGCAAUGCAGCCGUCACAAAAGACGUCGCCAUCGCUUUUUUGCAGCCGGAAAUGGAAAGCUUCUGCAAAGUGAAGAUUGUCGAGUGGUUUCGCUUUCCAAGUAAAGGUGGUUGUAGAGUUGCUCGCAUUUUCUGUUCCUCUCGUCAGCAUCCGAACGGAAGCAGGCACCCAUAGACGUCACACGUACUCAAUAGCGACUCCAUGGCGAAUGAGCCAUCCGCUCGAGGUCCUUGCCAUAUCUCCAAAUUGGUAUUUGAAUAAGGUGUAAUCCACACUACGUCCACUUUGGACCCGACCCCGAAGUGUGUCGCAUCAUUCUUGCUUGGCUUGACGAAUGACAGCCGAUCUGUUCGGGGCGCCUCGCCCAGAAGCUCGAACGCAGUGACUGCGAUGAUCCAGCUCAGGCACAGUGCCACCAGACGCAUCUUUUGCCAGCCGCGAUACGGUGGUGGUAUGAAGCGCGUCCACGGAACUCUUUCGACAUGCGCAGUGUUGUGCAGGCAAUGAUGCUAUAUGCCCGCGAUCGUACCACCGGUCUCUUGCGCCACUGCUUUGGCUAUCGAUAUCUGGUCGGCGAUGGAACGUGAGAGACACGUUAUGCUAUCUCCGGUCGUAACAAUGAUGUCGUUGCGAUCGAUAUCGGUGCCGUGCAAGAUGAAAAUUUUGCCGCUGCUAUCGCCGUAGCAACUCGAGGAUAUUCGUUUACAGUGCUGAAAACCGACUUUGUAUACGCUUGUUGAGUUCAGUCUUGAAGAUCCACCUGGUCGUCGCCCAGCUGUCCUUCACAACACCACAGCGAUGAUAACAAGCAGUCAUCGCACGUGGUAGUGAAGAGGCCGAACAUCCUCCCCACCCUCGCCAGGGGAACUCCAAUAUACCAACCAAUUUGGUCACUCGACGAUUGCAAUUAUGUGUUGGGCUCAAGGUUUUUUGGUUCCUGGUGCAGGGCACGGCAAAGUUUCCCUGUCGUUCGGUGGGAGGACAUGGGUUGCUUCGUGAAAAGACAGCCUAUUGAGAAGCUCCAAACUCUAUAGCAGCCUAGGAGACGCGGGGUAGCCAGUCAAAUGCGACAAAAGCUCUGGGGCAUAAGUUGGGUGGGCAUGGCACGUCCUUCCGUCACAAGGUCCUGGUCGCCCUGGGCCAACACAAAUUAUGAAGAAUGGAUUCUCAGUAUCAACAGUGAUAUUUCCUGUAGAUACAUUGUCCAUCGUGCACGAGUCGCCAAGGACAGCCAUGGCCAGUACAUGUCAGAAGCAGGUGCCGGCAGAAGGACAUAGUUCCAUUCGCCAAGGCUUACCAAACAAGUGAAAGUUCUACCUUCCGCACUUCCGUAUACCAGGGGCUCUCGCCUGCAUACGAGGCUAUUCUAGCUGUUCUAGUAGUGUUCUCGCGCAGCCCUACCGCCGGUGUAGGGCAACACACCAACAACAAACAGGCCCUCGUCGACGAGUCGUUCAUCUAACAUCGAUACUAUCAUUACUCUAUGGCUGCCUUUGGACAGUCACCUCCACGAACAUAUACAAGCUUAUCAGACUCUCGAUUCACUCUGCCUCCUACCUUAUGAUCGUAGCUUUUCAUAUACGCCAAAUUGUAAGAACAAAGUAUCCGAAAAGCAAAACGCCCCUAUGUUGUAAAGGAGAUGACGCGUUGUUAUUUGACGAAUAUCGUAUAGUGCC